CGUAAAGUUCGUCGUAGCGAAUAUUUACCCUUUCGGUAGCUGCUAGAAUAUUUUUCGGAGCUUCUAGAAUUCUGUCACAAGGAAUUCAACUUUUUAACCCUCUAUUUCGAGCCCCUGUCCUUUUGCUUCUCUCGCGUCACCGUCUCACCGACUUGCUUUCUGAGAAGAGGAAAAGAUGGCAGGUUCCCAUGUUGCACAUGCUGUGUACAAGGGUCCAAGUGUAGUUAAGGAGAUACUGAUUGGAAUUACUCUUGGCAUGGUUGCGGGAGGUUUCUGGAAGAUGCACCAUUGGAACAACCAGAGGAGAACUAAGGAAUUCUACGAUAUGCUUGAGAAAGGUGAGAUCAGUGUUGUGGUGGAUGAGGAGUAGCUUUUCAACUACCUUUGCUUCAGCAUGGAAUUAGCUUAUAUGGUAAAUGAACAAUGCAAAUUUUAGAUGUUACUGAUUAAGUGAUGUGACAAAAAUUUAGAGUUUCUUUUCAUUUCAAAUAGUUCUUGAAAUUUUCAGAGGAUGGUGUUCUCUAGGGACAAUGUAAAUGCUUUUGAAAUUUUUACCGAACCUGGCGUUUCUGGCAUUUAGCAUGACUAUAUUUUUCUGUUAAUGGUCUACUUUUUCGAGCUGGGGAAAUUCCCUUC